AUGGCAACUCUUAGACUAUCGUCAUUGGCAUUGUUGCGGAGGACAGUUCUUGCCUCCCGCCUGCAGCUGCCUCUGCAGCUGGGACGAGCCACUCCCCGGAUUGAUCGUGGGGAUUCAAAAUUGUUCAUAGAUGCAGACGAGGCAGUGGCCGACUUGAAAAGCGGUUCGACUAUUCUCAGUUCAAGAUCUGGACUUUGUGGUGUUGCAGAGACCCUGAUAACGGCUAUUCAUUGUCGAGGUGUGGACAAGUUACAUUCGCUGACUGCGGUCUCCAAUAACGCAGGUGCUGCUGGGAAAGGCGGGCUUUUAACCCUGAGACAGGCUGUACAAGUGAACCGGCUUGUUCGCUCUUAUAUCGGUAACAGUAAGGCACUAGAGAAGAAAUAUCUCUCCGGCGAGAUUCCGAUCGAGCUCACACCGCAAGGAACACUGGCUGAGCGUCUGCGCGCUGGUGGCGCUGGAAUUCCAGCCUUUUUCACCCCUACAGGUGCACUGCUCGAGCAUGGUGCACCACGCGAAACCAGGAUGUUCAAUGGCAAGACAUACUUGAUUGAGACUGCACUGAAUGGAGAUGUGGCAAAUCUUAGGGCAUGGAAGGCUGACGAAGCAGGGAGCUGUGUGUUUCGCUAUACUACAAAGCUGGAUAUCGUCCCGGUUGGGUCAAUCGACUCCAAUGACGUCGAUCUUCCGGGAAUUUUCGUCGACCGGAUUGUUCCCGCAAUCAAAGACAAGCAUAUAGAAAUAAAAAAGCUCAGAUCUGACACAGAUGAAAGCGCCGUCAGAGCAGUCAAGGAUAUGGCAAUGACUAAAAGAAAUCGCAUUGCUAAGAGAUCCGCCAAGGAACUCAAGCACUGCUACUACGUGAACCUGGGAGUUGGAAUUCCGACCCUUGCGCCCUCGUUUCUACCGCCCGAAGUGAAAGUCUGGGUGCAAUCCGAAAACGGUAUACUGGGCGUGGACCCCUACUCUACAGAGGAAGAAGUGGAUCCGGAUAUCAUCAAUGCUGGAAAAGAGACAGUCACGCUUGUUCCAGGAGCUGCGACUUUUGACAGUACUGAGUCGUUCGGAAUGAUCCGUGCGGGUCAUGUGGAUGUCUCCAUUUUAGGAGUACCCUUACAACUUAGCGCCAAUGGAGAUCUAACAAACUAUAUGAGCCGCGGUAAAGUGCUCAAGGGCAUGGGAGGGGCCAUGGAUUUGAUGUCCAACCCGGAUCAGACCAAGAUAGUAGUGGCCACGGGACGGAUCACACAAGGUUGUCUCUCAUUGCAGCCUUCCCCUCACAGGGGCGAAUUGUGUCAGUACGAUUAUCACGGACCUGGUAAGUGCAUAACUCUACUUACAUGCGUGUUCCAAGUGGACCGGACUAAAGGGGAACUUCUCCUCACAUAA